AUGAGACUGUGUGACGAAGACAAAUGUGGCUCUCAGGAAGCUUACCGGCUAGGCCAGGGCAGGAUAUGUCCACAGAAGGAUGCCCAAGCUCUCACCGCGAAACGACACGGUGGCGGAGUGGGAGCGGAGGCGAGGAGACUUGCCGGGGUCGCAGCAGGCGUCGCCGACUUCAACUCUAGGCUAGUCGGCGCUACGGUCGAAGACGCUUUUGAUAUCGUCUUCGCUGGGAUGGCCAUGAGCGUGCUGGGAGUCCUGCGCAGUCGAAUUCCCUUUUUUUUUAUGUUGAACGGCGGCGCUGACUGGAUAAGAGAGCUUGCUGAGCAUUCGUCUCCCUCUGAUGGUACAAGAAUGUCACCGAUAGCAUGGAUGGGAGUGACUGAAAAACGAGGAUUUCGUCGCUCUCUGUCUGGCUCCUUAGAUGAAUGGAAAAGUACCCAACCACGACGACUGGAUAUAUCGUCUGGCACUUUUCUCCGAAGCGGAGAUACCCUAAGGUAUGGGUGGGUGAGACUAAGAUCCACUGCUACUGUGUGGAAUCGUUCCUCCUUAGUCAAGGUUUGUUGCUCCCAUGAAGUAUUCCAGCUUCCAAGCAAUCCAACGUGCAUUUCGGCACCAAGAGCAUCGUACAGGGAUACAGACGUGUUCGAUAACUUUGCCAGGAGACUAGAACAACAACACAUUCCUGGUGCUGCAGGACCCGAGGUCCAGUAUCGCGACCUCACAUUCUCCGCCCUGGAAACCGUUGAUCUUCUGAACCAGAACAUCGCCGACACUGCUGGUACGGUGCACUAUUUUCAGGUCAUCCAUGGCCGCCUGCAGAUAACGCCCAACUCCGGGGACAUCGACCAGGAGGAGGGGCUGGUUGUUUCGGAAGAAGCGUCCAUUGAAGCGCAUGAUGCUCCCAGUGAUCGCGUUUGGGCAGACGACCGUCAUGGAAGAUCUUGUUAUGCGCAAUCGACUUGA